CAGGAAGUGAUUUAAAUCGGAGCUGGGAGCUAACAGAGUUAGCAGCGGCUGGACUCGUUUUUACUCCGACUUUGGAACUUGGUAAGGCCUAAGGAUGAGUCUGCAGUGGAUGGCAGUGGCCACCUUUCUGUACACAGAGGUCUUUUUUGUGCUGCUGCUCUGCAUCCCCUUCAUCUCACCAAAGAGGUGGAGUAAAAUCUUUAAAUCUCGUCUGAUUCAGACCAUCGCUCUCUAUGGAAACACGUCCUUCAUGGUGGCCAUCGCCAUCCUCGUCUUCCUGCUCAUCGACGCGUUCCGUGAGGUGCAGAAGUACAGUGUGACCGAGAAGGUGGACCUGACAAACAACCCGGGAGCCAUUGAGCACAUCCACAUGAAACUGUUCCGAGCUCAGAGGAACGAAUACAUCGCCGGCUUCGCCCUGCUGCUCUGCCUGUUGCUGCGGCGCCUGGCCACGCUGCUCUCCCAGCAGGCCACGCUCAUGGCAUCAAAUGAAGCCUUUAAGAAGCAGGCGGAGAGCGCCAGCGCCGCCGCUAAGAAGUACAUGGAGGACAACGAGGUGCUACAAGAGAAACUACGUGAUGCUGGAAUUGAUGUUCCAGAAGCCGGAAAGAGCCCAGCCAGACCAGGACCACAGGAGGAGAACAAAAUUCUGAAGGAGGAGGUGAAGACCAUGAAGGAGGAGCUGGACACCACAAAGAAAGCUCUGCAGAAGUCAGGACAGCAACGUUCAGGCCAUGAAGAAACAGGCUGAACAACCUGACUGUGGAAUACGACCGACUGCUGGAGGAGCACAGCAAACUACUGGGGAGCAGCGACAAGAAAUCUGACUGAAGUUUAUGGAGUUCAAGCCUCGCGGUGGUCUCCACUGUCGCCCUCAGAAAAGCUGCUUCUACAUCCAGUGCUCCGUCCCACAAAGUGAUGUCAUACUGCUCUGGAUUUUGAUUGGUUUAAUCCUGUGUCCAUCAGAAAAAAAGGAGACUGACAGAACGGUUUGUCUUUUUUCUGUCUGAAACUCUUCAGUUUGUUGUUUUCUUGGACUGUAAAUCUGCAGAUGAUGUCUGACUUUAUGUUGCUGGAGACCGUGUGCCAUCUUACAGAGCUUUAGUUUGAUUUUGGAUCAUUGUGUUUCUGUGUUUUUCCAUUCCAAAGUAAGAGGUCCAAUUCUUUUUUUUUUCCUUUGAGAACGACUGGUCCAAAUUGUUUGAAAACUGAACAUUUGGGGUUCAGACAGUUUAACAAAACUUAGAGGCAGCUGUUAAAACCCUCUGAAUCACAUCAGGAAAAACCUGUUUCAGGUGUUUCACUUCAUGUCAGUUUUAUCAACAUUUUCAGGACAAAUUAUAAAAGUUGUAGUUUAUUAUAAAAAUUGCUUGUCGGUCAAAGGAACAUGUAGCUUUGGAAAAGUUGGAUAAUCUUUUGAUCGUUUGGGUAAGAGUUCCGGAUUUCGCUGUUGGGGAGGGUUUUUUUUUUUUUUUUAACACUAAGCUCUGUAAAGUGCAUCUUUUAUUUUUCACAGUUUUCUGGAAAUGUGUGCGUAGUUUUUCCCCUCAGUCUCCUUUUUGGAUCACAGCUAAUGUUACCCCUGCAUGUGGAUGUAAUGUGAUGGGAAACUGUAUUUAGAAGUGGAGGCAGUAACUUUCUCAUGUUUGUCAUCUUUUGAACAACUAACAGGGCCUUCAUGUUUUGUUCAAGGAA